ACCCAUCCCUUGGGACUAUCUUGACAUCAAAUCGUACUAACAUUCAUAGGGAACUGGCGAGGCCAUCCGCGGCAAUGCCAUGGCCAUAGUCGAUGACGCGAGCGGCGAUAAGGCGAGCGCAACCAAGAACCAGGAGAUCGCCAACAAGGGAGUCGACGAGUGGGAUCGAGGCUACCGAGGCCACCCUGCCGACGCUGGUGUCACUCCUGCCGACACUGAUGCCCACCGCGAACGCAUGAACACGACCAACACCACAGCCACAAACUACGGCUCGCACAACUCAAACAUUGGCAACAAGGUCGACCCUAGGUACGACUCGGACAUGGACCACAGGGGAACUGCGACCGGCUCAACAAAUGCUGGACCGCACUCGACCAACGUUGGCAACAAGCUUGACCCGCGCUUCGACUCGGAUGUUGACCAUCGCGCUGAUCCUACAUCGAAUGUUGGCGGUACGGGCUACGAGACACGUAGAUAGGCGAUACACUGCGCAUUUUAACAUCAAUAUACCCUUUUCCUCGUACCGAUUCCUUCACUUUGUUGCUCUCGCUGACAUGUGAGAUUCAACAUCCUGAACUACGUAUACCGCGAAUACUUCAUGAUGUUUUCCCCUACAAUAUGCUAUCCGAGACGGGGCUGAUGAAGUAUAGCCGAG